AUGCAUCGCCCAAAGGCCCUCGCUACUGGCGAUUCAACGCCCGCGAAGCCUGCCGCACGGCUGUACGGCGGCACCCCACAAUCGACCGAGCGUCUGAUCAAGCCCUUCAAAUGUCCCGGCUCUGCGACAGUUUCGCGCGUAUCCGAGAAGCCUGCCAGGAAGAGACGAAAGGUCGACUAUUCUGGUGCAGGAGGUGAAGAUGGAGAGAGCGACAAGCCAUAUUCGAAUGAGGACCGGCUGGCGCUUGCCACGCGCGACGCCAAUCGCUUUCCGGUGUUCAAGCCAAAAGACAAGGAGAUGAUGUUCAAAGCAAAGUUCACGGUACCUCUCAUCAACAAAGACACGGGAGCCUACAAUCCGCACCGUCCGGCGCCGCUGCUUGGUAUGCGGAUAGGAACGGUGUUUGUUGCACGACCGUUACAUGACCCUAGUGGGGAAUUUGCCAUUGUCUUGUACGAUCCUACAGUUGACGAUAAACCGAUACCCAAAGAAGAGGCCGAGCCUAAGCUGAGCCAGACUGAAAAGAAGGAGUUGGAGGCACCUUUGGUACACAAGAGUUUGGCAGAGAUUCUGGGGUUGAAGAAGAAGGUGGAAAAUGAGCGGCCACGGGUACCAGUUGUCAUAGAUCCGAGACUUGCCAAAGUUUUGCGUCCUCAUCAGGUUGAAGGUGUCAAGUUCUUGUACAGAGCAACGACUGGCAUGAUCGACCCAAAAGCCAAUGGCUGCAUCAUGGCUGAUGAGAUGGGUCUUGGUAAAACUCUUCAGUGUAUCGCUCUCAUGUGGACACUGUUAAAGCAAUCGCCCGAUGCUGGGAAACCUACGAUUCAAAAAUGCGUUAUUGCUUGCCCUUCAAGUUUGGUACGGAAUUGGGCCAAUGAGCUGGUCAAAUGGCUGGGCAAAGACGCAAUUACACCAUUCGCCAUUGACGGCAAGGCAUCCAAGGAAGAGCUCAUCCAGCAAAUCAGACAGUGGUCCAUCGCAUCUGGACGUGCUGUUGUUAGGCCGGUACUCAUUGUGUCCUACGAGACUCUGCGUCUCUAUGUUGACGAAUUUGGACAAACGCCCAUUGGCCUUUUACUUUGUGACGAAGGCCAUCGGCUGAAGAAUGGCGAAAGUCUUACUUUUACAGCUCUGAACAGCCUCAACGUCCAAAGACGAGUCAUCUUAUCGGGCACACCGAUUCAAAAUGAUCUUUCAGAGUACUUUGCAUUGCUCAACUUUGCAAACCCCAAUUAUCUCGGCACACGAAUGGAGUUUCGCAAGCAAUACGAGAUACCCAUUUUGCGCGGUCGCGAUGCUAACGGCACUGACGAGGAUGUCAAGAAGGGCAACGAGCGACUUACCGAGCUGCUCGGCUUGGUUAACAAGUUUAUUAUUCGGAGAACCAACGACAUUCUCUCCAAGUAUCUCCCGGUCAAGUACGAGCAUGUCGUCUUUUGUAACCUUGCGCCUUUCCAGAAGGACUUGUACAACCAUUUCAUCAAGUCCCCCGACGUCCAGAGUCUGCUUCGUGGCAAAGGCUCGCAGCCGCUCAAGGUUAUCGGCAUGCUCAAGAAGCUUUGUAAUCACCCCGAUCUGCUCAAUCUACCAGAGGACUUACCAGGAUGUGAGGAUGUACUACCAGACGAUUUUGUCCAAAAGGACGCCCGAGGCCGGGAUCGAGAAGUCAAGGUCUGGUACUCUGGAAAGAUGGCCGUGCUGGAUCGCAUGUUGGCUCGUAUUCGUGCCGAAACGAAUGACAAGAUUGUUCUCAUUUCCAACUACACCCAGACGCUUGACCUAUUCGCUGCACUUUGCCGCUCGCGAGGCUAUGGAGCCCUUCGUCUUGAUGGCACCAUGAAUGUUAGCAAACGCCAGAAGCUUGUGGACAAGUUUAAUGACCCCGAAGGACCUGAAUUUGUCUUCCUCCUUUCUUCAAAAGCCGGUGGAUGCGGUCUCAAUCUCAUCGGUGCAAAUCGACUCGUGCUCUUCGAUCCCGACUGGAACCCAGCUGCUGAUCAGCAAGCCCUUGCGCGAGUGUGGCGUGAUGGUCAAAAGAAGGAUUGCUUUGUAUAUCGCUUCAUCACGACAGGAACGAUUGAAGAGAAGGUAUUCCAGCGCCAGUCUCACAAGCAAUCUCUUUCUUCCUGCGUCGUUGAUUCUGCAGAAGACGUGGAGCGCCAUUUCAGUCUGGACUCUUUGCGCGAGUUGUUCCAGUAUCGCGAUAAUACUACGAGCGAUACGCACGAUACGUUCAAGUGUAAACGGUGUCGGAAAGAAGAUGGGAAGCAGAUCAUCAAGGCGCCGGCUAUGCUGUAUGGAGACACGAGCUCUUGGAACCAUUUUGUUAACGAUGGGGAAUCGGGGCCAUUGGGCAAGAUUCAGGAUUUGCUAUUACGCCAGGAAACGGCAAAUGAUCUUCGGGAUAGAUCGCCCAAUAUGGAUGCUAAGCGCCGCAAGCUGGGCGACCAAGACGUCAGCACCCUUCGUCUUGCCUCGCGGCAAAAGUACCUUGCAGAACGAGAAGCACAACAGCUCGCCCUUCUUCGUCGACAGGUUGCCGAGGAAGCCGAGGAGGAGGAGAGGCUUGGGUCGAAGCUUUCAGAAAGAGAACGCAGGGAGUUUGCUCGGAAUCGCGAAACGCUGCGACUCGCCGAGCAGCGGAAUGCUAUAGACGAGCAUCUGGAUGGCUAUAUACUCCCCGAUGCCGACUACUCGAAUAAACAUGAGGCGCUUACAAAACGUCACAAGGACAAGGAGUACCUGAAGAGCGAGGUGCAGCUUUGGGAGGAUGAGCAGCUGGGCAAGAUCAAGUCGCAGAUUAAGCGGCCGGAGCGCGUGUCGGCCGACGACUACGACUAUGUUUUUGAUCCUGAAACACAAAUCAAGUUCCAAGCAGACUUGGCCAGUCGCAUCAAUCCGGAGCGACGAGCGCUGGAAGCUCAACUGGACGCUGCGGAGAAGAAGGCGCGCACAAUCGAGGAGACGAGGAAGAGUCUGCCGGUCUAUCAGUAUAGGGAGGAGCUUCUGGAUGCUCUGACCAAGUUCCAGACGCUUGUCGUUGUCGGAGAGACGGGUUCGGGAAAAUCUACACAGAUACCGCAGUUCCUGUUUGAGGCUGGAUACACCAAGGAGGGAGCGGUCGUAGUGACCCAACCGCGGCGAGUGGCUGCCAUGAGUGUGUCACAACGUGUGAGCGAAGAAAUGGGUGUCAAGCUCGGUCGUGAGGUCGGCUACAGCGUGCGAUUCGAUGACAAAACAAGCGACAAGACGGUAGUCAAGUUCGCCACAGACGGUCUUCUCCUCCGUGAGGCAAUGGCAGAUCCCAUGCUCUCCAAAUACUCUGCCAUAUUGAUCGACGAGGCUCACGAGAGGUCUACAGCGUCCGAUUUGCUGCUGACGAUUUGUCGUGAUAUUGCAAGAGCUCGGCCAGAGCUGAAGAUUAUCAUUUUAUCUGCGACCAUUAAUGCUUCGCAUUUCUCAAAUUAUUUUGAUGGCUCGCCCGUCUUUGCGAUUCCGGGUCGUACGUACCCUGUCAAUAUUAAUUACACCAGUUCGCCAGAAGCAAAUUAUCUUAGUGCCGCUGUCACGACGGUAUUCCAGAUACAUAUUGCUGCAGAACUACCAGGGGACAUAUUGGUGUUUCUUACGGGUGAAGAGGAGAUUCAAGCUGCCAUGGAGAACAUCGAAUCGACACUAAAGAAACUUCGGGGCACAGUAAAAGAGUUGAUUGUAUGCCCCAUAUACAGUGCACUUCCGCCUGACGUGCAAGCAAAGGUUUUUGAACCCACACCUCCUAACAGUCGGAAAUGCGUGUUGGCAACAAAUAUUGCCGAGACAUCCAUUACCAUCGACGGCGUGCGCCAUGUGAUUGACUGUGGCUUCUCAAAAGAAUCCACAUUCAAUUCUGCCAACGGCGUCAGCUCUCUAGUCAUCAGCCCAAUCUCGCGUGCGAGUGCAAAUCAACGAGCCGGUCGAGCCGGUCGUACGAGCGAAGGAUACUGCUAUAGACUCUACACCAAGCACGCCUUCUACAACGAGCUCCCCGAAGUUACCGAGCCCGAACUCCAACGCACAAACCUCGAUGGCGUAGUCCUCACCCUCAAAGGCUUGGGCGUCUCCAACCUCCUCGACUUUGAAUUCCUCGACCCGCCAUCAAGCCAGUCUCUAAUCAAGAGUCUUGAAGGCCUAUACGCCCUCGGCGCCCUAGACUCCACAGGAACUCUAACGCGGCUAGGACGGAAAAUGGCUGAACUCCCGCUCGACAUCAAACUCUCCAAAGCCAUCCUCGCCUCUGAAAAAUACAACUGCCGCGAAGAAAUCCUCUCCAUCGUCAGCGUCCUCGGCGAAUCCGCCUCCCUCUUCCUCCGCCCCAAGGACAAGAAAAUCGCCGCCGACGCCGCCCGCGCCCGUCUCUCGUCCGCAGCCUGA